AUGCUUCGCCUACUCGGCCUGAGGCGCUCUGCGCACGCCCUCAUCGCCUCCUCCGCCUCAUUCCUCCGGCCCCAGAACCCGAACCCCUCAGUGACAGGCGCCGCCGCCUCUGCUCUACUCCGUUGCCACCCCUUCUCCACUAACAGAGCCGCAUCCUCGACGGUAUCCGAUGCCGACGUACGGAAGUACCUGGGGUACUUCGCUCUCGUCGUGGGCUGCGGCGCCGCAACCUACUACUCCUUCCCCUUCCCCGGCGACGCCAAACACAAGAAAGCCGAGAUCUUCCGCUAUGCCCCUCUGCCGGAGGACCUCCACACCGUCUCCAACUGGAGCGGCACCCACGAGGUACACACCCGGGUGUUCCUUCAGCCGGAGACUCUGGGGGAGCUGGAGGCCGUCGUGAAGGAGGCCCACGAAAAGAAAUCCAAGAUCAGGCCUGUGGGGUCGGGGCUCUCCCCCAACGGGAUCGGGCUGCAGCGGGCUGGCAUGGUGAACCUGGCUCUCAUGGACAAAGUGAUCGAAGUGGACAGGGCGGCGCGGAGAGUACGUGUCCAGGCGGGGGCUAGGGUUUCGCAGCUGGUGGAUGCCCUCCGGGAGCAUGGCCUCACCCUGCAGAAUUUCGCCUCAAUCCGGGAGCAGCAGGUUGGCGGCUUCGUGCAGGUAUCUUCUCGGGGAUCACCAUCCUACUGCUCAAGUUCAUCCACUGUUUGCGUGUUUGCCCAGCCUAAUUUGCCUGCGCAGGACUCAUUCACAUAUAAUUCCAAGCGAGAGAUCGUGGAGGAUGCCAGCAUUGAAGGAUUUUCAUUUUCUGCCAUCCGCUAGAUGAUCGAAUGCUUCCUUCGAAUUUAUAUAUCAAUGCCAGCGAUUGAAUGCUUUGUAGUGCUUGACGAUCAUGAACGCUUUGUUUCAUAUAUAUGCACGAUUUAUAUGUGAAUUUCGAAGUGUAAAGAUUUAUUCAUCGUAAAAUUUGCUUGUUAUACUAACUAAAUGCUUCCAAACCAUAGUUUCCAUAGAAAUCUCAAGUGAAACAAUAUUUUCCCAUGAUAGAAAUUAAAAUUAUUUACGUCAAAAAAAUAAAUGUCACAAUUUGGAGAAGGGUGAUUUAUUUAAAUGAAAUGCUUACCUUUAUCUGGGAGGACAAUUAUGUGGUGGGGAAUUGGUUCCCUCCCAACAGUACAGCAUGAUGAUCCACAGAAUUCCAAUUUUAAUUAGAGCUGCGAACUUAAAAUUGAACACUGAACAUCUUGCAUUAAUUAUACUUCUGGGUUUCUGCCAUCCACUGGAGAUGGCACUCAGGUUCCUUCCAUUAAUUACCUGCUUAGACUAUUGUUGAACUUGUUAAAUCUUUGAACAGGUUGGUGCCCAUGGUACUGGUGCAUGCCUGCCUCCCAUUGACGAGCAGAUCAUCAGCAUGAAACUCGUCACUCCUGCAAAGGGGACGAUUGAGGUUUCAGAGGAGGAAGAUCCAGAAUUGUUCUGCCUCGCUCGCUGUGGCCUAGGAGGCCUUGGAGUCGUUGCCGAAGUCACCAUUCAGUGUGUUGAUCGGCAUGAGCUCGUCGAACACACCUUUGUGUCCAACAUUGACGAAAUCAAGAAAAAUCACAAGUAAUAAUCGGUCUCGAAAUCAUAUAUCGUCACCUAAGUCUUCGAAUUUCAGAUGCAGUUCAUAAUUUGAUGUCCUAUUUGACCCGUUUUGUUUCAGAAAAUGGCUGGCGGAAAAUAAGCAUAUAAAGUAUCUGUGGAUUCCUUACACAGACACAGUCGUGGUUGUGCGGUGUAAUCCUCUUUCAAAGUGGAAAGGGAGACCAAAGGUCGACUCCAAAUAUGGGAAGGAUGAGGCACUGCAGCAUGUCCGUGACCUUUAUCGUGAUUCACUCAGGAAGUAUAGGUAGAGCAUCUAAUUAUAAAUUCAGGAACUAUAGAUGAAGUCAUGUCAAUCCAUCUGCUGAGCUUUCCAGCUCCAAAUUUACAGCUUUUGGGUUGGAAUUUUAUCAUUCUUUUGUUUCCUAAUUUUUUUGGUAAAUAUCUCUGCCUUUUAACCUCAAUCAUCUACAAAUCUUCAGGGUUGAGGAAAAAAUUGAGGACUCAGAGAUUAACCAGUUCUCUUUCACCGAGCUGAGAGACAAGCUUCUUGCGCUCGAUCCCGUCAACAAAGAUCAUGUGGUGAAAGUAAACCAAGCCGAGGCUGAGUUUUGGAGAAAGUCAGAAGGUUACCGGGUUGGCUGGAGCGAUGAGAUAUUGGGUUUCGAUUGUGGUGGGCAGCAGUGGGUCUCGGAGAACUGUUUCCCAGUGGGCACCCUGGCGAAGCCCAGCAUGAAGGACAUACAGUUCAUAGAAGACUUGAAGCGGCUCAUAGAGAGGGAGGGGAUCCCUGCCCCUGCUCCCAUAGAGCAGAGAUGGACUGCCCGCAGCAGAAGCCUCAUGAGUCCCGCUUCAAGCUCUUUGGAUGAUGAUAUCUUCUGCUGGGUGCCUCCAUAAUAUUGGCUUAUAUCUCUAUUUAUUCAAACUUGGCAAUGCGUUCUGAGCUCUCGACUGAUUUCAGAAGCUUUCUUCUUUGCUCCUUCCCUCCCUCCCUCCCUCCACCAGGUUGGUAUAAUUAUGUACCUGCCCACGUCAGAUGCUCUGCAGAGGAAGGAAAUUACAGAGGAGUUCUUCAGUUACAGGCGCCUCACGCAGAGAGAGCUUUGGGGCGAGUACUCCGCAUAUGAACAUUGGGCAAAGAUUGAGGUAAUGUUGAUUAACCUUCACCCACGUUCUAGUAAGGGUAUCUUCAUACAAUGAAGAUCGGUCUUCUUGAUAUCAAAUAAACUCCAAAUUAGAUGCCUCCCUUUUCCCCUUUUACUCGAAUCAGUUGAUCAAGGAAGCCGGUUUUAGGCCUUCCCUUCUAACACCAUCUUCUCUUGAAGGUACCAAAGGACAAGGAGGAGCUUUCCACGCUACAAGCUCGGCUGAGGAAGCGGUUCCCGGUUGAUGCGUACAAUAAGGCCCGGAGAGAGCUCGAUCCCCAUGGGAUUCUGUCCAGUGGCAUGCUAGAUAAGCUAUUUCCUCAGGUAGAAACUGUUUAG